AAUUUUCCAAGUCCUUAAAAAAUAUGUUACAUGUAAAAAGUAUAAAACAAAAUAAGUUAAAUAACUUCUUUAUGAAUCAAUUUAUUGCGCCAACACCUGUCAACAUUCAUUUCAUACAUUUUUCAAAAAAAACUUCAAAGUAUACUGGCAUGCGAGCAGUUCCCGUACAAAAAUCGUAUUUACUUAAACAUUAUUUUUUAUUACGCUCACUCCCCAAAAUUUGAAUGUUACACAUCACUAUUCGGCUCGUCACACAAAUCAUGGAAAUUCCAUCAUGUUCUAAACAUAGAAUAACCCUUAGUUAUGAGGCCUCAUAUGGGGUACCGAAAUUAUCCAUUAUUUUGUAUGAAGAGAAGUAGUUCCCGUACAUAAAAUUUAACCCAUUAUAAUUAUACAAUUUUGUUAUAUCGGACCUAUUUUUCAAUUAUAAUUGUUGAACAGACCAUUUUCUAAGAGAUGAAUAGAUGUAAUUCAGGAAAUAGAGCGUAGACUAAACGCUGGUAUCUAUUACCCGGUACCGUUACCCCAACGCAUUCUCAUACAAUGGCAUGCUUGAAUGCAUGAUAUUUUACGCAUCAAAGCCAUAAAAUUAUUUAAUAUAGUAAUAUUGAUCAAAAUUCUGAUAAUUAAACUAGUUUUCAUCACAUUGCCUACUUACCUGUAAACAGGUGGUAUUAGUGGAAAACCCUUUAACAUGCCUCACGUGUAAGUAUUUUAGCGCAUGCGCGCAAGGACGGAAUCCCCCAGAGAAAACAAGGUCACGUUUUGACAAAGCACAGGUGAAAGUGAUUUAAAAUGAGACUUUUAUACGUACUGCCGAACUGACACUUAGAUUUUGUCUCUUUUAUGCAUCUGCUUGAUUUGAAAUGAAUUUUUGAAGAUUGCAAGUAAAAAUCAAGCGUUUAAAUGAAAAAUACGGGUACUGCUUCUGUACGGGAACUGCUUGCAUGCCAGUACUGUUCAGUGUCAAAGAAUUGUCAAAGUAUUUAUGCCAGGAAUAGAAUAUUAAUUCCAAAUACAGGGGUUUUUUUUAGGAAAAGGGGAAGACGCUGGACGCUGGUAGGGAGGGGAAAAAAUAUACGAAAAAAGUCAAUUUGGGGAAACUUUAUUAUGACGUUAUUUAUACUAUAUACUUAACUACACAGUAGAGAGUUACAACUAUAUCUUUUUCCCCUUAAAAACUUUAUCAUCAUGCAAAAUAUUCUUUGCAGUAUAACAUAUUUUCUUAAUAUGUAUGGUGGUGAAUGGUUUUUAUACUUCUAUUUUUAUAUGAAAGUUAAUACAGUAUAGGUAUAAUAGUGUAUUUGUGACACACUUUAGCUCCAUAUAAGUCAUUUUCAUAAUAAGAAGUACAAAAUAUAUUACUUUACUAAAAAUAACCAAGAAAAUGACAAUAUUUUGAUAGCAACUGAUUUCCAGAAAUAGUACCGUUCAGUACGGGAUAUAGCCAAGAAAAAAAAAUGGCUGCCUCCAUGUUGAGACAGUACUUGCAGUUUCCUGCAAUGUUUUUGGUUAUUUUGGACAACAAUUGGUGGUUUAUCCUGCAUAAAAUGAAGAAAAAUAAUAUUUUAAACCAUUUGAAGGCAAGUUUGAAGCUCUCAGGAUCUCUGCAGAAAAAAAGAUUUUCACCCGAUGAUGAUGCAAAAUUUUUUUGCAAAGCUGGAGUUGACAAAGAAGGGUUUAAUGUCCGGUAUAUAUCUGACAUAAAAGUUCCACUACAGUGCACGGUAGAGAAAACAGAUGCAUUAUCAAGCACAUCAUCUAUUGCCCAGGAUAUGAGAGAAGACAGUGAUACUGGAGAACUUGAUGGUCAAGCCACUGAUAUAUAUGUAGAACAUGCAAACAACACCCAACCUUUAAUCAGAGAAGACAAUGAUACUGGAGAACUUGAUGGUCAAGCCACUGAUAUAUAUGUAGAACAUGAAAACAACACCCAACCUUUAAUCAGAGAAGACAGUGAUACUGGAGAACUUGAUGGUCAAGCCACUGAUAUACAUGUAGAACAUGCAAACAACACUCAACCUUUAAUCAGAGAAGACAGUGAUACUGGAGAACUUGAUGGUCAAGCCACUGAUAUACAUGUAGAACAUGAAAACAACACCCAACCUUUAAUCAGAGAAGACAGUGAUACUGGAGAACUUGAUGGUCAAGCCACUGAUAUAUAUGUAGAACAUGCAAACAACACCCAACCUUUAAUCAGAGAAGACAAUGAUACUGGAGAACUUGAUGGUCAAGCCACUGAUAUACAUGUAGAACAUGCAAACAACACCCAACCUUUAAUCAGAGAAGACAGUGAUACUGGAGAACUUGAUGGUCAAGCCACUGAUAUAUAUGUAGAACAUGAAAACAACACCCAACCUUUAAUCAGAGAAGACAGUGAUACUGGAGAACUUGAUGGUCAAGCCACUGAUAUAUAUGUAGAACAUGAAAACAACACCCAACCUUUAAUCAGAGACGACAACACAACAGAAAUAGAGGAGGAAAUUUCAGACAAUGCUCAGCCUAUAAUCAGUGCUAGAGAAACUGAUAACAGACAGAAAAAUGUGAAAACAAAGAAACCUGACCGCUUCUGUAUUUAUUGUAAGGAAAUAGUAAAAAAUGGCAAGCUAAAAAGACAUAUCACAAGAAAACAUGCGAAAGUCCCAGAAGUUAUGAACAUAUUACAGAAGGAAAAUAGAAUUCAGAAUCAGUUUUUUGAUGAAAAGAAAAAGGAAGGAAUAUCAGAGUAUAAUCUCAAGUUAAUGUCAGAAAACAAGAACCCAGCAAUGCGAGAAAGAAAACCGGUCUCUGAAGAUAAACUCAGAACAUGUGCUGAGUGUAAAGGGUAUUACUCAAACAAAUACUUUUACAAACACAAGUGCAAAAGUGAUAAACCUUAUGCAAUCAAACCAGCCUUGCUUCAGAAAGUAAAAAAAAGCAAAAUGGACAAUGACAGUGAAUUCCAGAAUAUCUUGAACAGAUUUGUUGAUGGAGAGGUGGGCAAUCUAAUUCGAAACAAUAAUAUACUACAGAUUAUAGGCUACAAGCAUUUUAAUAUGCGAAGACAUGAAGAAGGGAAGGGUGAUGAAGUUAGGAAAGUCGUCAUGUCUGAUAUGAGAGAACUUGCAAGACUGUACUUAACAUUUUCAGAGAUUAUUGGUGAGCAAAAAGCAAUUGAAGAAAUGUUUACCAGAGAACAUUUACAAGACCUUGCUGAUGCCAUUGAAAAAAUGGUUACAAGAAAAGACAAGACUGAAAAGUAUGGAUUAAAAUUGCUAUUAGAUGCAGUCAUUUUAAGAUCAAUAAAAACUUUGAUGGGCUAUUUUUCAGAAACAAUGCAGGAUGAAAAGAAGAAAAUACUCAAAGUGUAUCUAGAAGCAUACAGAUACAAAUCCAGUGAACUUUAUCCAAAGGCGCGACAAACAUGUGUCAAACAGUCUAUGAAAAAGUCAAGAAGACCAGAAAACUUGCCAUGUGAGAAAAAUCUCCAAAAGCUUCAAGACUAUAUUCACAUCAACAUUGAAAAAACUGUGCAAAACUUUCAUAUAAAAGACUAUAAACUUUUAAGAACAUUAGUAGUGUCAAGGCUAACAUUGUUUAAUGCUAGACGCGGAGAGGAGGCCCCUCGUAUGUUGUUAAAUGAAUGGGAGGCUGCUGAAAACAAUGUGUGGCUUCCCGAUGAGCAGAUACAGAAGAUCACUGAUGAUGCAGAAAAAUUUCUUGUAGGACAAUAUAAACUUUGCUACAUUUUAGGCAAGGGUAAGAAGUUUGUGCCAGUGUUGAUCCCAAAUGAUAUUGUUCUUGGUAUUAGAUUGCUGGUGAAAGAAAGGGCAAACUACAACAUUUGUGAGAACAACAAUUUUGUGUUUGCAACUGCAAAAAGAACUUCUCAUUGUUCUGGGUGGCAUGCACUCAGUGAAGUUUGCUCUGCAGCUGGGGUGGAAAUACCAAUAACUGCAACAGGGAUGAGACACAGACUGUCUACGAUAUAUGCUUCUCUCAAUAUGCCAGCAGACCAGAAGAAAAUCUUCCUGGAGCAUAUGGGCCAUGAGGAACAUAUUAACAGGGACAACUACCAAUGCCCCCGUGGUGUCCAAGCAGUGAAGGUGAUGGGCAGAAUUUUGAAGACUGUAGAGCAAGGCUCGUCUUCUACCCUCCUUGUGGAUGAUCUGUCUUCCAACCCCCUUAUGGAUGAUCUGUCUUCCACCCUCCUUGUUGAUGAUUCAUCUUCCACUGCCCUUGUAGAUGAUCCUGUUGACAUGGAGCAAGCAGAUGCCCAAGAUGGAGACAAAGACCAAAGUAAGGCAUUGAAGCAUAUUUUAUAUAUAUUUGUGUGUGUUGGGUUUAUUUACCCUCGCCACCGGUAUAAAACAAUAUGGGCGAGCAUAUGCUUCAUUUAUUACAGGGAAAAAACUUAAUUUAGUUAAUAUCUGCGUAUAUGACUAGUGAGUACAAUAUUUCCUGUCCCAAAUAUGCAAAUAAUUGCAGUAGAUGGAGCCGGAAAAAGGUGGGAUUAUAUCCCACACUUAGAUUAAAAAGCUGUAUUUAAAAUUUAAACUUAAAUUAAAAAGUGGGGAAGACGUUUAUACAUGUACGCCUUUUAUAUUUGGAACAAAAAAAACCCUUAUAACUAUGUUUAUUGACUGCUUAAUUUAUUGCAAAUCAUAUUUAAAGUGUUUAAACUAGUUUUGAAGGGGGGAAGACGCUUAUACGCGUACGCCUUCCUAUAACAGGCCAACGCAGUAAAUCACUGUAAAUCUUUGUUUUUAAAACUUUAUUUCAGACACGAAAAGGUUUAAUAAUAUAAACCUUAGCAAUACGCCUGAGAACAUAGCCUGUACCUUUCAAUUCGGCCAUCAUAUAAUAUAACUUCUUCUC